ACAUUUUCUAGCUAGCUGCUUGUGUUGAAGACAGAAAUAUGACAGUCUCUAAGUAGCAAUUGUCAAAAGCCUAAUUAUUGACAGCAAACACCUGACCUGUAAGAAUACUACUCUCAGUGAAGCGGGAUUUUUUAUCGUUUGUUGCAGCCUCUCUCGCGGCUACACGCUCGUCACCUUUGUUUACCGUCAUUUCAUUUGUACAUUUCUCAGCUGGUCGGUGGACAGUAACGUGAUGGACGGUGAUGUGGAUGGCCCGGUGGGGGAGGACUCCGGCAGGAGGCGCAGGGUGCACGGCAUGCUGAAGAUGUACUACGGGCUGAACGAGGAAGGAAAGGCCGAGGAAAAGCCGGAGUCUCUGGAUCCCUGCGACAUCAACGGGCCGCAUUUCGACCCCGAGCUGUUCCUCAACAAGCUCAGGAGAGAGUGCUCUCUUGCGGAGCUGAUGGAUCAGGAGACCUGCAUGGUGAAGCAGAUCCGCUCUUUGGACAGUGAUAUGCAGACUCUGGUGUAUGAAAACUAUAACAAGUUCAUAUCUGCAACAGACACUAUUAGAAAAAUGAAGAAUGAUUUCAAAAAGAUGGAGGAUGAAAUGGAUUGCCUGUCUGCGAACAUGGCAGCAAUCACUGAGUUCAGUGCCAGUAUCAGUGGUACUCUUCAAGACCAGCAUGCACAGAUCACUAAGCUUUCAGGGGUUCACACUCUGUUGAGGAAGCUGCAGUUUCUCUUUGAGCUGCCUGCCAGAUUAAAUAAGUGUCUGGAGCUGCAGGCCUACGCUCAGGCUGUGAGAUCUCACCGCCGUGCCCGCUGUGUGCUGCAGCAGUACAGCCACCUGCCCUCUUUCAAGGGGAUCCAGGAUGACUGUCAUGCCAUCAUGGACAAGCUGGCACAGGAGCUUAGGCAAAAGUUCAGGGAUGGUGGCUCAAGUGCUAAAGAUUUAUCGGAGUGUGUUGAGCUGCUGCUUCAGUUGGAUGAGCCAGCUGAAGAGCUCUGUGAUAAAUUCCUGAGCCAUGCACGCUCCCGACUUGAGUUGGACCUACAGGGUCUGGAAGCAGAGAUAAGACCGUACCCGUCCACCUCAGCCAUAAAAGAUGUAUCUGCACUUCGGUCGUCAUCUGCAGCCGCUGGAUCUUCCACAGAUAACUCCCCUAAAACUAGCGCCUUACCUUCACCCACCUCAAACACUGACAUAUUGGAAUUCAUUGACAGAGGCUGCAAUGAAUUUGUCAGCAGCUUAUGUUUAGUUAUUACAUCCUAUCAGGAGCUAUUCAUCAACCAUGCUCAGACAGGUGAGCUAGCAACUAAAAAUAUUCCACAGAUGGCGACUGGCAAACUGCACUCCUUUGUGGAUGAUCUGGCUGCACGGUAUUUCUCUCUGGUGGAGCGGAGGAUACAAGAGGAGAAAGGAGUAGCAGAUAACUCACUCCUGGUCCGCGCUCUCGACCGCUUCCACCGCAGACUACAGGCAGUAGCCAAGCUGCUGCCGGGCUCCGCAGUACCAAACCAGGGGACUGAGAUAGUGAUACGGGCGGCGACAGAGCGGGUCAAGCAAUAUCUCUCUGCCCUGCAGAGUUUCUACAUGGACAGCUUGACAGAUGUGCGGCAGGCCCUGGCCACGCCUCGGCUCGUUAGCGCUUCAGUUUCUGGAGGUGGGACUCUUCUUGGGGGAUCUGCCUCCAGCAGAGAUGCUCCGACCAGCCUGCCAGAGCUGCUCUCCUCCCUGUCAGCCUCCAUCCUUAAUCAGAUAAAGUCAGUGCUGGCAUCUGUGCAUCUCUUUACAGCUAAAGACAUCACUUUUUCCAACAAGCCGUACUUUAAGGGUGAAUUCUGCAGUCAGGGUGUGCGGGAGAGCCUGGUGGUGAACUUUAUAAAGUUUGUGUGCCAGUCUUCUCGGCAGUUUUGUGAGAGCGCAGGAGAUAAAGGAGGUUCGACUCCUCCAGCCCUUCUGCUGCUGCUGAGCCGCCUCUGCCUGGACUAUGAAACCUCAACCAUCUCCUACAUACUCACUCUCACAGAUGAACAGUUCCUUGUGCAGCACCACAGUCCGGUAACACCUGUUACAAGUUUAUGUGCAGAAGCAAGGGAGGCAGCACAGAAACUACUGAACCAUUAUGUAAAGGUCCAGGGACUUAUAAUCUCCCAAAUGUUGAGAAAGAGUGUUGAAACACGAGACUGGGUUAACACCAUCGAGCCUCGAAAUGUCCGUGCAGUGAUGAAGAGAGUGGUGGAGGACACUACCUCGAUCGAUGUGCAGGUUGGUCUCCUGUAUGAAGAGGGUGUGAGGAAAGCACACAGCAGUGACUCCAGCAAGAGAACUUUCUCUGUCUACAGCAGCUCCAGGCAGCAAGCUCGCUAUGCUGCCAGCUACACCCCGAGCGCUCCCAUGGAUACUAAUCUACUGAGCAACAUACACAAGCUGUUCUCGGAGAGGAUUGACAUCUUCAGUUCAGUAGAGUUCAACAAGGUCUCUGUGAUGACAGGAAUUAUAAAAAUCAGUUUAAAAACAUUCCUGGAGUGCGUCCGCCUGCGCACGUUUGGCCGAUACGGCCUGCAGCAGAUCCAGGUUGACUGCCACUACCUACAGAUGUACCUGUGGAGAUUUGUCUCAGAUGAAAACCUUGUUCACUUCCUGCUUGAUGAGAUAGUGGGAAGCUCCGCCCACCGCUGCCUGGAUCCCGCCCCAAUGGAGCAGAGUGUGAUUGAGGUCAUCUGUGAACGAGGUUAAAGCUCGAAGUGCAGAACAGUUUCAAACACUGUUACACAAAAAUAGUCUGAAUGUCAAUACUCACUGAAACCCUGCAUCCAAAAUCCACCAGCCCUUGUGUUACAUUACAGCUCCAUGUGAAAAUGAUGAUUCAGAUUAAUGUGAUGAAUUGAAAUGUUGUGCACAGAUACUCAAACUACACUAAGAAGAAACAAAUAACACUUGGCUGUUAUGUUAUAAGAACUCACAACUUCACUGUCAGCAAAUGUGGGUCAAAGCUUCAUCACACUCCACGCACUUGCCUUACAAAGUGCACAAAAAAUCUCUAGUACUUGGUAUUAAUAUUCUAGGAGUCAUUUACAAACCAUGAAAUAUUAGAAGAGAAACUUUGUGAUCUCCUCCGUCUGCAAAAAAUAAGAAUGAAUUAUCCAUGAUACAGGUUGAACUUUUCCAAGCUUUUAUCCCCUGAAGGAAGCUUGUAUAAUGUGAAUGCAGUGUAUGAAUAAGUAAAGAGAAAAGUUAUGUGUUGUGGAAAUCUCAUGUAUUAAAAUUAAAUGCUUUUAGGGGCCUUUUUUGAAUAAUUUGCAAUCUGAAUGUCAUCUGAUUAUGUAAUCUGUCUAACACUAAAAUAAAUAAUACAGAUUUACGGUG